AUGCACACCAGAUCCAAAGGACGAGACAACCUCCUAAGUACAAGCGAUCUUGACAAAGCAGAGCAAAACAAACGGUCACGCAGAGUUACUUCGCGAACCAGAAGACAAGAGGUUCCGGACAUGGCAGCCCAACCCCAACAGGAAGGAUUCCCACCCGGACCGGAACAACAAGGUGGUCAGCGAAACAAUCCACCUCUGCGACCUCACCGUCAAAUAGGUGCCGGCGAUGCACCUAACACUCACGAAAACCGUCAAGGCAUAGCCCCGCCGAAUGUGCACAACAACUUCGAAAUCAAACCGCACAUUCUGCAUCAAGUCCAACAAAAGAUCUAUCACGGUCUACCUGAGGAAGACCCGUUGGACCAUCUUGACGAGUUUGACAGAGCAUGUGAUUUGAUCACACAGAAUGGGGUAAGCGAAGACGCAACCAAACUUCGUUUAUUCCCAUUCUCACUUGAUGGCAAAGCUCGCCAAUGGGAAAAGACGAUACCUCGAGGGUCCAUCACAAGCUGGGAUCAGUGCAAGAAAGCCUUCUUGGCUAAGUUCUUCUCCUCAGUCAGAACUGCAAGCUUCAGAACCAACAUCUCAAGCUUCGCACAAAAGCACGGCGAGAGUUUCACAGACGCCUGGGAACGCUUCAAAGGAUAUCAGUCGAAGCAGAUGCUUGACACAGCAAGCCAAGGCAACUUCUUGGCCAGAGACGUCGACGACGGUCUGUUUUUGGUGGAAAACAUGGCAAUGAGCAAUGGUACAUACGGCGAAGACGACCGCACAAACAGAGGAUCCGUCGAAGCAGAGGAAAAGCACAAGAAGGAACUGAAGGUGCUGAACGACAAGCUUGACAAACUGCUUAUAGUCCAGCAAAAACAGUCGGUACACAUGCUGGAGGAACGCGAUGACGAUCAAGAGGAGGAGUUUUACACUGAGGACGUCAACUACAUUCAUAGCCAGGGUUACUACAAGAACAACCCCAAUAUGUCCUAUCGAAGCACGAAUGUAGAGAACCCCCAGGACCAAGUCUAUCCUCCUCAAGCCAACACGUCUGGAGGCUAUCAGAAAAACACCUCUGUUCCACCUGGAUUCGAGGCUAAGCAAGGUCCACAAGAACCUGGAGUCAAGCAGAUGCUUCAGCAACUACUUCAGGGACAGUCUACCGGAAACGUGGAUCUCAACAAGCGACUAUCUGAGAUCAAUGGGAGAAUCGACUUCUCGCACCACGACCUUCAGACUAAGAUUGAAGCUCUCACAAGUAGAAUCCAUCAGCUUGAACACAAAGGCGGAACAGCUUCCUCAUCCAGAACGCAAGGUCAACUUCCGGGUAAAGCAGAGCAGAAUCCCAAGGAAUACGUACAAGCAAUUACAUUGAGAAGUGGACGCGCUUUACCUCCAAGAACAGGACCCGCACCAGUCAAUGAGGACAUUGAGGAACAAGAGGAGGAGAUUUCAGUUGAAACUGAAGCCAGCACCUGUGCUGAAGAGGAACCACCAGUUCAAGAGAAAGAGAAAGCACCAGAGGAAGUGCAAAAGAAGAAGAAAGCCCCAGCUUUCGUUCCUCCUCCUUACAAACCGCAACUUCCCUUUCCUGUUCGAUUCAAGAAACAACAGCUUGAGAAAGCAGAGCUGUUUGAUAAGCAAAUAAAGGAGAUUGAUAUUACAAUGCCCUUCUUGGACGCAUGUAUGCUCAUCCCUCCCUAUCAGAAAUUUCUCAAGGACGCUGUAACCGAGAGAAGAAAAGAGGUUCAGGGUAUGGUCGUUCUUUCUCAGGAAUGUAGUGCAAUCAUCACUAGGAAAGUGGUUGGGAAGAAGUUUGAGGAUCCAGGCAGUUUCACACUCCCUUGUUCUAUUGGUCCUCUGGCAUUCAACCGAAGCUUAUGUGAUCUUGGAGCAGGCGUGUCUGUAAUGCCACUCACAGUAGCUAAGAGGCUUGGGUUCGAGAAGUAUCAAAAGUGCGACGUUUCCUUGGUACUUGCGGAUAGAUCAGUACGCAUCCCAGUGGGUAUGCUCGAGGACUUGCCUGUGCGAGUAGGAAACGUGGAGAUACCCACUGACUUUGUUAUCCUUGAGAUGGAUGAAGAACCCAAGGAUCCGCUGAUCUUGGGAAGGCCCUUUUUGGCAACCGCUGGAGCUAUCAUCGAUGUUCAGAGAGGGAAGAUUGAGCUAAACUUUGGAGAUGACUUCAAGCUCAGCUUCGACAUCAAGAGGUCGAUGAAGAAACCAACCAUUGAUGGACAGCUCUUCUGGGUAGAGACUUUGGAUCAGUUGGCAGACGAGUAUCUAGAGGAGUUAGCCACAGAGGACCAGCUUCAGCUAACCUUGACUGAGAAAGCGGAGGAAAAGAGCUACUUCAACACCGAAUCCUUGGAGUAUGCUCGACUCUUAGACUCCCACAGAGGGACUGUUCCCAAUGACGUGGUUGAGGAAAUCAUAGGACGCUCCGUGAGAGUUGAGGAAAUCCACAAGGUAGAGGCAGAGCACGACCUCGAGCAACCUUCAGACGAUGACUGGAGCGAGCUCAAAGCCCCAAAGGUGGACCUCAAGACCUUACCAGAUGGGCUAAGGUACGCAUUUCUUGGACCAAAUUCAACUUAUCCCGUAAUUGUGAACCAAGAACUUACCCCACCCCAAUUAACCUCCCUCCUUAAUGAGUUGAGGAAGUUCAGGAGAGCAAUUGGUUACUCUUUAGAGGACAUCAAAGGCAUAUCUCCUGAGCUUUGUACUCAUCGCAUUCACCUUGAUAACGAAUCUAAGGGAUCUAUUGAACACCAAAGACGCUUAAAUCCCAACCUCAAAGAGGUGGUGAAAAAGGAAAUCCUUAAGUUGCUUGACGCCGGCGUGAUCUACCCUAUCUCGGAUAGUACUUGGGUCUCGCCGGUACACUGUGUGCCCAAGAAAGGUGGAAUCACAGUAGUCAAGAACGAAAAAGACGAAAUGAUCCCAACCAGAACCAUAACCGGUCACCGAAUGUGCAUAGAUUACCGAAAGCUCAAUGCGGCGACUAGGAAGGAUCAUUUUCCACUGCCUUUCAUCGAUCAGAUGCUUGAGCGGUUGGCAAACCAUCCUUUCUAUUGCUUCCUUGAUGGCUAUUCGGGAUUCUUUCAAAUCCCCAUCCACCCUAAUGACCAAGAGAAAACACCUUCACAUGUCCCUAUGGAACUUUUGCCUAUAAACGUAUGCCCUUUGGAUUGUGUAACGCUCCGGCGACUUUCCAAAGGGUUCUCAAGCGCUGCGAGGAGACGAACCUAG